AUGUGGCGCCGGGGUAUCGCGCCAAUAGGUCGCGCUGUCGCCCGGACCACCGCGUGUCGGCACAAAUGUAACGCUCAAGCUCGGCCAUUUACAACCCAAGCAGAAGCUUCUAGAGACUAUCAUGGCGUUGCUAAUGUCAUAAAACUCUCUUCUAUCGCCAUAUUUGGCGCUGGGAUAUACUACGGAUACAGAGAAGGGAUACUACCUUACGUUUCAUCUAUACCAUUAGAACAUAUAGACGAGAAUAAAUUUGAUAGCACAGACGAUGUUGUGGUUGUGUUAUUGGCGUCACGCCGUCGUGCAGAGUAUCCAAAAACACAAAUUGAUAAAUUAAAGUCAAUUUUGCCGAAAGGAGUCAAAUUGUGCUACACAAUCAAGCAAGGUGUUGAUAGCAAUAACCCACCAGUUAUGCUCUACAAGGGGAUGCGCAAACAAUUUUAUGGAUCAACAAAUAUGCUAGAUCAAUCACAAUACGAUGCUCUUAAAUCCGAGAUGGCCGAAUUUUUCAAACCCCUAUCGCAAGACUAUGACACUAUAACACAUGAUGAAAAUAUACCGGAAUAUGUUACAUAUGACACAUUCCAAGAAAAAGUAGUAUCACAGGCAACUUCUAAGGCGCCUAUACUACUACAGCUAUAUGAAGAAAGCUGUUUCCUCUGCUUCUUGAUGCGACCUUUCAUUAACAGCGUUAACCGUCAUUUAAAAGAAAUCAAGAGUCCCAUACGAAUCAAAAGAUUAAACAUAGAAAGUAACGAUUUCCCGAAAGGAUGUCCAGUAACACGUGCAACACCAACAUUCGUCAUGUACGACGGGCAUACAAAGGGAACCAGAUGGUCCGAGUUUAAGCCACGCGACUUCGUAAAAAAACUAACAGAAGUAGCAAAAUUAGAUGAAAAGAGUAAAGAAUAUAUGGAAAAACUUACAGAAGAUGUUGCUAGAAGGUUCAUGCUAUUCGGACGGCUGGCAAAGUGGAUCUCCAAAUCUCAAGCUAUACAAGAAACACUCUUAACUAAGGCAAAAGUUAAAGACGAUGAUGUUAAUUCACGAGUACUCAACGCACUUAUAGCAUUGGACAUGACAAGAACUGAUGACUUGGAGACGAACCUAGAACUCUUGGAGAAAGAAAUUGUAUUUGCGGAACAGGAUUGCAUCGCAGUGGCACAGAUAAUGGUCAGUGAGAUUAUCAAAGAUGAAAAGAAGGUAAACCCAAAGAACAAACACUAG